AUGGCAUCCGCAGCUGUCCAAAUUCUCCCAAGCCACGGGUCCGCUCUCCUAGCAGACAAGCCCCAAGUCCCUCCUUCGAUAUCUGAGAAGCCACACCACGUUCAAACGACGCUGAACUUCCUCAAAGAAAAUGAAGAUGGCUCUCCUCUCGCUCCGAGCUAUGUUAACCAGCCUGAAACAUACAUAAGAGAGGCAGUCGUGCUCCCUGCCACCAUUCAUGAUGUCAGCGGCCAUGAGCAAGACUAUUCACUCGACGGCCAAGGAUUCCAAUUUUACUACCACAAAAGCCAAGAAACAGAUUUUCUGGACGACGAACAGAUAAAGCGCACCUACUACCCGGAAACAGAGCAGCUGCUCAAAGAUGCUACCGGAGCCUCCCGAAUCUUCAUCUUCGACCACACAAUCCGCCGAGGAACCGGCGGUCAAUCCCGUGGCCCAGUCCAGCGUGUACACAUCGAUCAAUCCUAUGAAGCUUCAAAAAACCGUGUCACUUACCAUCUACCAGAAGAUGCUCCCGAGCUUCUGAAAGGUCGAUACCAGAUCAUCAAUGUCUGGCGUCCGAUCAAAACAAUUCUCAAGGAUCCCCUUGCUGUAGCAAAUGCUCACAGCGUGCCGGACAGCGAUCUGGUUCCCCUGAAGCUCAUUUACCCCAAUCGCGAGGGUGAAACGUAUUCCGUCAAGCCUGAUGCAAAUAUCAAGUGGUACUACCGUUAUGCGCAAACGCCGGAUUUGGUGACGUUAAUCAAAUGCUUCGAUUCUAAGACGGAUGGGAGGGCGAGGAGGGUGCCCCAUACUGCGUUUGUGAAUCCGGACACGGAGCAUGAGGCCGGGAGGGAGAGUAUUGAAGUUCGAGCUCUGGUUUUCCAUCCUGAUGAUCGGGAUUAG